AUGUUGUCGUCCGCGACACGAAGCGCCGCGCUCGGGAUCUCGAGGACCAGUUGGGCCAACUUCGCCAAGCUCGGGCCCAGCAUGCGCGAGAGUAUCAAGUCCUCUCAUCUGAUUUCCGCCGGUCGCAGGAGCGACUCACGCAAGCUCAUGCGCGGGUGGCUGCGUUUGGGCUGUUGCAAAGCGAGAACAGCGCACUUCGCGAAGGGGCUACGUGUUGCGAUCGUUGCCCGGGACGCGCUUCAAGCUGACAAAGAGGCGCUCCAGGCCGACAAAGAGGCGCUCCAGACGCAGACCUGGCCGACACCUGCUACGGUCGCGCCUUCUGCCGACCCUCCAACUCAUGCUGCCACUCACGCUGUCGUUGCCCAGGUAUCCUGGGGGGCCUGUCGUGAGUUCCUGGCACAGACCGAAGACAUCCAAGACGCCUACGGUCACGUGCGUCGCGAUUUCGACGACUUGGAGGCCGAAUUGCGGUCGCUGGAGACCGAGCAUGAUGGGUUGGAGACCGUCUACGGCACAUUGAUGGAGGAUCACUCGCUCGCCCUCCGACGCAUUAAGGAGAUUGCCUCCUUGGCGGAGGCAGUCCCUUCUCGCGUCGCCGGCGUGUCGCCUUCGCGGCCCGCCAACAGCUCCUCCGCCCCGAUGCCUCCGGCUGCCGGUGUACCAUCCAACAUCGACGCCGUGGUGGACCCCGCAGGGGAUAAGCUGAAUGACGAUUACGCCUGUUCUGACGCCAGCACGGAACCCAGCGGGUCGGACUCCGAGACCCCCGACGACGAAGAUCUGCGUGUAGCUCGGGCUCGCUGCCGAUCCGACCUCCGCCGCCGUAGCUCUGAGAAUGGAUCGUACGCUCCGCUUGUCCAAGAUGGGUCUGCCACCGCUCCGAUCGAAGUGGGUGAUGCGGACACCCUGGAGUUGUCGGAUCCGGCAGGAGGCUCUAUCAUCGCCCCUAGUCGAGGUGAUCCGGCUGCUGCAAGGAGCGCUGGCGAUGGCACCUUUGUCCCUUUCGGUCCCCUCGAGGUAUUCAUCCCUGGCCUUCGGCAGCAGCGGACCGUGCCAGCGGCAGACGUUGAGCCGUGGGAGCCAUCGCAGAUCUCGAUACUGAGUAUGAAUACGGCCACGCCCCGCGUGAUCAUCGAUUACCAAGUGCUGGCUGCCGGGUGGAUGUUUCCAGAGCGUGUCGGGCGCGGUGGUACUCUGGAUCGCCGUCAGUAUGUACCGGGGUUCAUCACACGUGUUAACGUGGAGGCGCUGUACGCUGCAGAGCCUUGGCGCACUUUCGAAAACGACUGCCUGCCAGCGAUCUGGGAGUCGACGCAUCCGUUCCCGAUCACCAAGGAGUUGAAGAGAUCCGACCCUUGGUUCUCUUCCUUUUACACCAGCCGCAAGAAUCGCAGCUCGCACGCCCGGGAGAAGUGUCGGAACUGGCAGGAGCAAGGAUUCAAGAAGACUCGUCGGAGUGGAUGCUGUGACCUGGAUCUCUGGCUGGAUCGCAUGUUUGCUCGGUUCCCCCAGCAGAACGAGGAUACGACGUGGUUCCCCGGCCGCGAGGCUGUCGCUGCUGGGCGUCCGGCGCCCACGAGUCUAUUAGCUGCUUUAGCUGACUGCGAUCGAGCGGACUCGUGGCGCAACCACUUACGCACGGCGCCUGGUGCACACACUGCUCUCCUCAUCUCCCGCCUUCUGUUGAAGUUCUCUCGCACCUCCUAG